AUGGGAGCGAUGGCUGCCGGGGAGGGUGGGUGGCUGGGGCCGGCGUUCCGGCUGCGGUUGCUGUUGGCGACUGUGCUUCAAGCGGUGUCUGCUUUCGGGGCAGAGUUUUCAUCGGAGGCAUGCAGAGAGUUAGGCUUCUCUAGCAACUUGCUCUGCAGCUCUUGUGACCUUCUUGGACAGUUCAGCCUACUUCAGCUGGAUCCUGAUUGCAGGGGGUGCUGUCAGGAAGAAGCACAAUUUGAAACCAAGAAGCUGUAUGCAGGAGCUAUUCUUGAAGUCUGUGGAUGAAAAUUAGGGAGGUUCCCUCAAGUCCAAGCUUUCGUCAGAAGUGAUAAACCCAAACUGUUCAGAGGACUACAAAUCAAGUAUGUUCGUGGUUCAGACCCUGUGCUAAAGCUUUUGGACGACAACGGGAACAUUGCUGAAGAACUGAGCAUCCUCAAGUGGAACACAGAUAGUGUGGAAGAAUUUCUGAGUGAAAAAUUGGAACGCAUAUAAAUCUUGCUUCAAUUUUGUCCUUCUGUUCUUUAUCAAAUGAAAUAUUAUAGCACCUGGAAAGUACUUUAGUUCUGCUUGCUUCUGUUGAUGAGCUUUUACUGUGAAGCAUUAAGCAUCUAAUUAGAAGUUGAGGAGGCACACAGCCCGUAAUAUGUAAGGAGUUGGCAAGUUUAACUAAACCCAUUUCUUAUAAAUUUUUAUCCUUCUGCAUUUGUUGAUGCUACUAAUGAAAUGCUUUGAAACAGGCUUGUGGUUAGUUAUGCAAAUGAUAGUUUGUAAUAAUUGGCCCAGUUUUAUGAACAACAGAUUUUUAAAUUAGAGGGGUUAAUAAGGGAGAUAAUAUUCCUUCAGUGCAGUGUGCUCUUUCUAAAGUAAUGAAAGAAAACCACAAAGCGAGUAAGAUGUACCAGGCCUCAACAGAUUACCUGUGCCUCAAAGCUCUCAUUUUGUAUUCCCCAGCUUUCUGUUUAGUCAAAAUAUUUAUAGUUUAUAACGAAUGCACUGCAUAAAAACUUUGUAGCUUCAUUGUUAGGAAACAAAUUUGAGAUCUUCAGUAAGAAUGAAAUAUUCACAAAGGUUUGCAUUAAUGAAGGCUACACAGAAAACCUUUCUUAAGGAUUUGUGUAGAUCUAAUGUUUGGCAAAUUUUUGAGCUUUAUAUUCUUACAGAAAAGUCUCAUUUAAAAAUGAUCUCUUGUAAGACCAAAUUAUAAAUAAAAAAUUUCAAAACUCUGUAUGAGUUUGAAAUCGUGGUUUAUCCUUUCAUGUGUAAAAAUGUUAAGUUUCUCAAUGCAUUCUUAUUUUUCAUAUAAGCUUCAUUUUUUUAGCCAAAAUGUGAAAAUGGCUAUAUUGUUUAAAACCUAUCGUAACUUCUUAUUGCUGGCAACAG